AGGCGAACAUGCUUCGCAGCAUUCUCUGCCUCGCUGCAUUGUUGAGCGCGUCAGCGUUCCACCAUGGUGGUAUGCUUCCUCUUUCUCGAAGCUCCACUCCUCGUCUUCGUGCAGCGCAAGCGCACAGCCGUCCUCAGACGAGAAAGCAUGCUACCAUGCCGCGCAUGGCGUUCGACAUGGAAGCAUUGAUCCAGCAGACCAAGGACAAGCGACUCGAGCACCUUGAGGAGCAGGCCAUGUUUGCUCUCAAGCAAGUCGACAACUUUCAGAAUGCUGUUUUCCCCAACGCAAUGAUUGCUGGAGAUUGUGUGAUUACACACUUGCUUCACAGACUCGGGUACCUCGAGAGCGGCAAGGUCAAGAUCAUGGUGGUCGACACCUUCCACCUGUUCCCAGAAACGAUGACCUUCCUAAACGAGCUCGAGAAGCAUUACAAGUUCAAGGCCGAAGUCUUUCAAGCUGUUGGGUGCGCGGACAAAGCUGAAUACGACAAGAAGUUUGGUGCCGACUUGUGGAAGAUUGACAUCGAGCAGUAUGACAAGGUUUGCAAGGUCGAGCCAUUCCAGCGAGGACUCAAGACUCUCAACACUGACGUCAUGAUCAACGGGCGCAGGAGGGAUCACGGCUUCGAGCGUGCAUACAUCGAUCUGUUCGAGAAUGCUCCCAUCGGCGGAGGGUUGGCAAAGAUCAACCCGUUGGCUUAUUGGACCUUCGAGGAUUGCUUCGACUACAUCACCAAAUACAAGAUCCCAAUCCAUCCCCUGCACGCUGAUGGAUUCCCUUCGAUUGGCGACGCCAAGGACACUGUCAAGGUGCCUGAGGAUGGCUCCGUGAAGUUCGUCGACUACAAGUUUGUCGGAAAGAAAGCCGAGUGGUUGGACUACGCGGCUGAGCGCAAGGGAAGGUUCACUGGUCUCGCCAACAAGGAUGGAUCAGCCAAGACCGAGUGCGGCAUCCAUGUGGCCGGAGCUGAGAGGACCUUCGACAGGGACUUGUGGGAGGACGGCAAGAGCAAGGUGAAGAACCUUUCCAAGAACGACGCCAUCAAGAUCACAUCUGCCGGCAAGGACGCUCUUGUUGUCACUUAUGCUCCCUGGUGCAAGUUCUGCAUGGGCAUGGAGGAGGAGCUCGAGAAGUUCGCUUCCCAGUACGGAGACAAGAUCCAAGUUCUCAAGUACCGUGGAGAUGAGGACCGUGAGUUUGUUCAGGAGACCUUCAAGGCCAAGUCUUUCCCAACCAUCUCUCUCGUUACCAAGGACGGACAAGUGAAGGUCCUCGAGCCUUCCUCCCCUGAAGUUCGCACUGUCGAAAACUUCAAGAAGUUCACCAACGUUUGAGCAAGCAAGUGUGAAAAUCAAGACCUUGCCACUUUCUGCUGGCCCCGGGCAUCGAAUCGGACUCCUCAUGUCUUGUGACGAGCCAGUAAAGUCAAGCUCAGUGAA